UCUCGAGAGCCCUUCGUGUCAUUUUGUACGUAUGUGAUACACACAACACACCGCUACGUGACUUCUAAACCCGGAAAAUUUGUUUUCUCGUGCCGUAACUGUUCAGUACUUUAAUCAAGCAAUCUUUCACAUCAUGGCAGAGUAUCUGGCAUCGAUCUUUGGGACUGAAAAGGACAAAGUGAAUUGCUCGUUUUAUUUCAAGAUAGGCGCUUGCCGUCAUGGGGAUCGAUGUUCACGAAUCCACAACAAGCCAACUUUUAGUCAGACAUGUUUGCUGCAGAAUUUAUAUGUAAAUCCUCAGAAUUCUGCAAAAAGCGCUGAUGGGUCACAUUUGGUUGCGAAUGUGUCUGACGAAGAGAUGCAAGAGCAUUAUGACAAUUUUUUUGAGGAUGUUUUUAUCGAGUGCGAGGAUAAGUAUGGAGAAAUUGAAGAGAUGAAUGUGUGCGACAAUCUUGGGGAUCAUCUAGUUGGGAACGUUUACAUAAAAUUUCGCAGAGAAGAAGAUGCGGAAAGAGCAGUCAAUGACUUGAACAAUCGUUGGUUUGGCGGAAGACCAGUUUAUGCUGAACUGUCACCCGUUACCGAUUUUCGUGAGGCUUGCUGUCGUCAAUAUGAAAUGGGUGAAUGCACCCGUUCUGGAUUUUGCAACUUUAUGCACUUGAAACCGAUCUCUCGUGAACUUCGUCGAUAUUUGUACAGCCGGAAGAAGAGCAAGGGUCGAUCAAGAUCACGCUCAAGAUCACGUGGUCGUGAUCGCAGAAGGAGGUCUAGAUCUCGUGAAAGGAGAUCCAGAUCUAGGGAUCGUCGCAAGGGAAGAGACGAAAAGAGCAGAGAUGGUCGAUCUGGUCGCUAUUAACAAUUGGUGUCUCAAACGUUUAAUAUGUGAUUUUUUCUCACAAGUAUUUUUUGCUUUUUCCAUUUUAACAAUAGUUAAACAUAAAAUUAGUAAAUUUUAUCUUUAACAUGCUUGCAGGUCAAAAAAUCAUCUAUUUUUGCAAUAAUAUAUAAUUUUGUGAUUGUAAUUAUGUAGUUUAUGUAUAAUCUGUAUUUAUAAAUGUUCUUA